AUGUGGCCCAUGUUCUCGAGGACUGUUGAUGGUGAAAAGAUAUGGAUAGAUGUUGGAACAAGACCGGAUUCAGAUUCAUCGAGUGAUGAGCCAUAUCCAUUUGACGUAAUUAAAGAUAAAGCUGAAUACCAUGUAUUUAAAAAUGGCAACAAAUUGUACCUCGCUGUAAAAGACAAAAACGUUCAUAAGUACAAUUAUAUUGAAUUUACGCUGUAUAUAAAUAAUAGAAAACGGACUCCUGUUGUAUCCAAAAAUAACUGUGUUAUAAAUUAUACAUCAAAUGGUUGGUGUAUUUACAAUAUUCCUGAUUUGUGCACCGAUGGUAUAAAAGAAGGACCAUCCGUUGUACAUCUGGUUGUUGGUGAUACGAUAUGUUAUAAAGCUGGGAUUAUAGUACGAGACCUCUGGGGAAACUAUAUUAUUGAAACGUCAGUUGACCUGUCUACGACUGAUGAAAAAGACAUUAAAGUGGUAUUUAAUGGAGUGGAAGAUGACUAUGACUGUGAAAAGUUACCUGAACCUGGAAUCAAUAUAUAUAAACUGCAAACAGCUAAACGCGAACGUGAAUUUAUCAGUUUGGAUGAUUGGCUAGAAAAUCUGAACAUAAGUAGACCACCGACACCAGUUCCAGGUCAAGAUAAAAGUGAUAGUGACCAUGUAAACUUUGAUGUGUUCUCUGAGACAGUUGAUGGUGAAAAGAUAUGGAUAGAUGUUGGAACAAGACCGGAUUCAGAUUCAGAUUCAUCGAGUGAUGAGCCAUAUCGAUUUGACGUAAAUAAAGAAGCAUACCAUGUAUUUAAAAAUGGCGACAAAUUGUACCUCGCGGUAAAAGACAAAAACGUUCAUAAGUACAAUUAUAUUGAAUUUACGCUGUAUAUAAAUAAUAGAAAACGGACUCCUGUUGUAUCCAAAAAUAACUGUGUUAUAAAUUAUACAUCAAAUGGUUGGUGUAUUUACAAUAUUCCUGAUUUGUGCACCGAUGGUAUAAAAGAAGGACCAUCCGUUGUACAUCUGGUUGUUGGUGAUACGAUAUGUUAUAAAGCUGGGAUUAUAGUACGAGACCUCUGGGGAAACUAUAUUAUUGAAACGUCAGUUGACCUGUCUACGACUGAUGAAAAAGACAUUAAAGUGGUAUUUAAUGGAGUGGAAGAUGACUAUGACUGUGAAAAGUUACCUGAACCUGGAAUCAAUAUAUAUAAACUGCAAACAGCUAAACGCGAACGUGAAUUUAUCAGUUUGGAUGAUUGGCUAGAAAAUCUGAACAUAAGUAGACCACCGACACCAGUUCCAGGUCAAGAUAAAAGUGAUAGUGACCAUGUAAACUUUGAUGGAGUCAAGGCUGGAAGGCAACUGAAGAAAAUCAGUAUUAACUAAAGAUCACUAAACUUACCUAACAACACAACAAAUACCAGAAGGGAAAUCUUCAGCAAAAAACAGAUACAUUUGAAUACAGUGUAACAUCUAAUUCUCUACACCCGUUAAUAAAUUAUUACUAUGAUACACUCUGAGAAGAAGUCGAGCUACUUCAACUGGACAAAUUAACUGAUUACUAGAAAUCUGAAGGAGCUGCUAAUGCCUCAACAUCGUCUCACAGUUUACAAACAGAACAGGUUUGUUUAAUGCCUAAAGUGAUAAUAUGCAAAAAUAUAAAACAUGUUCGGAAAAUUGUUCUUGCGGAUGAUUUCACAGAAAGCACUUUGUUUGACUAUUAUGAAGAUGAUGAUGACGGAGAUAAUGAUAAAGAUAUAGAAUGUGUACAUGUGUUGACUAAUAGUUCAUUUACCGAGUGUAUUGAUAAAUAGUCUGUUUAUCAACAUAUGGAGUGUAUUGUUUAUCAACAUAUUGAGUGUACUGUUUAUCAACAUAUUGAGUGUAGGCUAUUGAUAAAGAAUUGGGUGAAAAAACAUAUUUAGUGUACUGAAAAAUAAUUUUUUAUCAACUUAUCGAUUGUAUUGAUAACUUUUGUUGAUCACCAUAUUGACUGCAUUAGAUAAAGUGUUAUAAACUUGUUGAGUGCAUUGAUACAUAUAGAGAAUCUCUUAUCAGUCUUUUUUAAUAUCAAAAAAUAUCAACACAAGUUGAUAAAGUAACAAAAAACAAGGCUCUGCCGAGUUUUUUUUUACUUUAUCAACGAGUGUUGAUAUUUUUUGAUAUAAAAAAAGACGAGUAGGUGAUUUUAUUUAUCACCCAAUCCCUUCUUUUAAAAUUAUGUGUCUUAAAGAUACAUUAUGGGAGAUUUUAAUAGAGAGUUGGCCAUUCUUGCUGUAAAAGUCCAAAAAUAGAUGAUGAAAGAGGACUAUAUUGAAAAUUUCAGUCAAACUACUUUAUUCUGAACAAAGUUAUCACCAUUGUAAUUUUUGACUAGAAAUAGGUGUCAACUCUCUCUUCGCCAUCUCAGAGAAUGGCCGAUCGUUUGAUUGACAGGCGUUAACUCCACCGACACAAGUUAAUAAGGUAAUUUAACAAGGCUCUGCCGAGUUUUUUUUACUUUAUCAACGAGUGUUGAUAUUUUUUGAUAUAAAAAAAGACGAGUAGGUGUUUUAAUGUAUCACCCAAUCCCUUCUUACAUCCACAAAUAGAUAAAUAUAAUUCUUUGCUGUAGAUUUCACUUUUACUGAACAUUACGGCGUAGUGAUACAUCAUUUUUGACAGCAAUUCAACCAUUGCAAAGUCUUUUAUAUUGACCCAGUGUUUCCAUCAAGUUCAAUUGAAUAACAAUAGUUCAUUUUUAAUAAUAAAAAAAAGUUACGUUUAAUAAGAAAUGAACUGUUCUUUGAAAAUAAAAAAAGUAGUUCCUUUUCAACUGACCAAUCAAAUUCAUGUAAAGCGAUAUCUCCUUAGGAGAUAUCGCAGUAGAUUAUGAAAUAUAUCACACAAGCGAUAUCUACUGUAGAAUGUAUUUGGAUGAUAAAAUUUAUUUAGUGUUAAGAAAUGUUUGUUUAUCAGCUUAUAGACUGUAUUGAUAUAGUAUUACAAACUUUUAUCAAUAUUACUGUAAAUAAUUUUAUGUUUAUUUUCUUAACUAUAGUGUGAAUAAUAUGUUCAUUUUAUCAACUAUAGUGUAUCAAGUGUAUUGUUAAAUUUUGUUGAUCACAAUAUUGACUGUAUUGAUAAAGUGUUAUAAACAUAUUGAGUGCAUUGAUACAUAGUUUAUUCAGUGUUAUGAAGUGUUUAUCAGCUUAUUGACUGUAUGUAUAAUUUUUUCAUUUAAUCAACUAUAGUGUACAUGGCGUAUUGCUCAUUAGUUAAAAUAACUUAUUGUUC